UUGAGCUCUGGUGGGCGGAGCAUGACGGCGACGGGAACUGCAAUUGGUGGCUUUGAAGGCGCGGCGGGCGGGAACAGCGGCUGAGGAUUGGGACGGCUGGAGAUGUGGGCCGGGCCCAAGAGAUGGAUGAAGCUCUUGCUGAGUUUAUCAAGAGGACUCUCUUGAAAAUCCCCUUGACUGAAAUGACAACAAUCCUAAAAGCCUGGGAUUUUUUGUCCGAAAAUCAGCUGCAGACCGUGAAUUUCCGGGAGAGAAAGGAAUCUAUCGUUCAGCACUUAGCUCUGCUGUGUGAGGAAAAGCAUGCAAGUCUCAAUGACGCAGCCAUUUUAGACAUCAUUUAUACUCAAGUUCAUCGGCACCAGAAAAUGUGGGAUGUUUUUCAGAUGAGUAAAGGACCAGAUGAAGAUGUUGACCUUUUUGAUAUGAAACAAUUCAAAAGUACAUUUAAGAAAAUUCUGCAGAGAGCAUUAAAAAAUGUGACAGUCAGCUUCCGAGACACUGAGGACAAUGCAGUCUGGAUUCGAAUCGCCUGGGGAACGCAGUACACAAAGCCAAACCAGUACAGACCCACCUACGUGGUGUAUCAUUCCCAGACUCCUUAUGCCUUUGCUUCUAUCUCCACUUUAAAGCGCAAUGUACCCCUUCUGGGGCAGGCACUAAUGAUUGCUAGCAAACACCACCAGAUUACGAAAAUGGACCUGAGAAGCCGAUACCUGGACUCUCUUAAGGCUAUAGUUUUCAAGCAGUAUAAUCAGAACUUUGAAACUCACUACUCUGCGACACCUCUACAAGAAAGAAGCCUUGGGCUAGAUAUAAACAUGGAUUCAAGGAUCAUUCAUGAAAACAUAACAGAAAAAGAGAAAGUCCAGAGAAUAACCCUAGAAACUUUUGGAGACUGUCCUCAACCACAACUAGAAUUCGCCCAGUAUAAGCUUGAAACGAAGUUCAAAAGUGACUUAAAUGCAAGCAUCCUGGCCGAGAGAAAAGAACCCCUCCGGUGCCUAAUCAAGUUCUCUAGCCCACAUCUUUUGGAAGCAUUGAAAUCCUUAGCACCAGCCGGGAUUGCAGAUGCACCACUUUCUCCACUGCUCACUUGCAUACCCAACAAGAGAAUGAAUUACUUUAAAAUUAGGGAUAAAUAAGAUGCGAUGUGUUUUGUAAGCAGAGCAGUUCCUUGGCUAUACUGCACACACAUUUCAGUUCAUGGCUCGUUCUAUAGCGUCUAUUUAGAUGCUUGUAUUUUAGAAGUUAAUCCUUGGUGUUGGAAACGUUGAAAUAUUCAUCCAGUUUAAUUGUUGGGACUGACUCUUCCCUGCUCUGCAGCUUGCCCCUUGACCCCAAACCUGCUCAGCGUAGGAGUUGUGGGCAUUUGAGACGUGACAGGAUAUAGAUACAUACGGCUCCACACUUGACCUUGAGUGCCUGCUGCUCCAAAGUCAAGCAUAUGGCAGGCUCGGUGGGUGAGGCUUCUGGGCGUCAUGUCUAGUGUCCUUUUUACCAUUCCCACCUCUCCUUAAUCCUGGUGAGGCCUGGUUCUAAUUGCUACUUUCCAAAAACUUUUUUUUUUCUUAAACCUUGGAUCACAGAACAAGGCAACGACAAACUAUACCCAAGUCAAUACAUUUUAGGAGAACUGUGUAAAAUUGCUCCAUUCAAAGGGAGAGUAGGAUCCACUGAGUUAGUAUUGCAGGAGUUGCAUAUUCAAUGAUUCACUUAUACAAAAUAACUUUUGUGUAGUAAAUAUGAUACUUUUCAUAAUCUGUCUUAUCAUUCAGG